GGCCAAACAUGCUCUUAAAUUGAAAUCUCCCAUUUAUAAAGUGUCCCAUUUUCAUCUGAGAUUCUUCUCUAUUUUCUCUAACCGCUCAAAUCGUCUCUACGCUAGAUUCUCUCCUCAUUAAACCAAAUUCUUUAAUGGAUACAUUGAUCAUCGAUUCAAUUGAGAAUUUGUUGUUAUAUUUUGGCGUUAAUUGUUCUUCAAUUCAUUCUGAAUCCUGCAAUUUUCUUGUUUCUAUAGCUUCUUUUCAUCGUCCAAUUUCUAGUCAUUCUUGUAUCGUUUCUUUUUUGCGUUAAUUAGUUAAUAAUAAUCGCCAGUGUAGGUGCGAAGAGCAUAGCGACACCAUGGGUAAAAGAAGUUCUCAAAAAAAGAAUGUUGCUAUGUUGGAUAGUGAUGAUGCAUCUAGUGUGAGCUCAUCGUCAUCAACCAUGCAGUCAGAAAAUAUGGUAUUCUCAAAUGUUGAAGAAGUGCAAGUGGAUAAAGAUAGUUUACUUGAUCAAUGUUUAGAUGCUCUGUACGAAAAAAGAGGAUCUACAAGAGAGAAGGCUUUGUCGUCAAUUAUUGAAGCAUUUAAUAACAGCUUACCGCAUGAGUUUGUUGAAAACAAGUUUGCUACACUUCUGCAUCAAUGUUUGAAUUCAAUCAAGAAGGGUUCUGCCAAGGAGAUUGCUUUAGCAUCUCAUGUCAUUGGACUUUUGGCCCUGACAAUUGGUCCUGGAGAGAAAGCACAGGAAAUUUUGGAAGAAUCUCUAUCUCUCAUAUCAGAAGCUCUGAAAUCUCGUUCUGAACCAUCCAAGAUAUCAUCUUUGCUGGAGUGUUUGGCUAUUAUUACUUUUAUUGGCGGAGAAGGACCGGAGGAAACAGAGAAAUCAAUGCAAAUAAUGUGGCAAGUGGCUCAUCCAAAAUUGGGUCCCAAUGUGGCUGCUGCUAAACCUUCACCAGCUAUGAUAACCACGGUUGUGUCUGCUUGGUCAUUUCUCCUCACUACUGUGGAUGGAGGGACGUUCAAUUCCAAAAGUUGGCAAGAGUCAAUUUCAUAUUUUUCUUCUCUUCUAGACAAGGAAGAUAGGUCCCUACGCAUUGCAGCUGGUGAAGCACUUGCUUUAAUUUUUGAGAUAGGCAGCUUGGAUAAGUUCUCUGCUGAAGCCAAAGGAUCUAGUGACAUUUCCACUGACGCAGAAAAUGGUCAGAGACAAUUAGUUCACAUUCAGGGGUUAAGGACUAAAGUUUUAAACCAAAUGAGUGACCUCUCUGUUGAGGCAGGGGGGAAAGGUUCUGCCAAGAAAGAUCUCAAUAAUCAGAGGAAUAGGUUUCGAGAUAUCGUUGAAUUUCUUGAGGAUGGCCGUACUCCAGAGACCUCAGUGAAGAUUGGUGGGGAGUCACUAAACACUACUACAUGGGCACAGCUGAUACAGUUGAACUUUCUGAAACAUUUUCUCGGGGGAGGAUUUGUGAAGCAUAUGCAGGAGAACGAAUUUCUUCAUGAUGUCUUCGGCUUCAUGCCAAAGAAAAAGAUUGCUUCAGGUGUCGAGCAUCGCAUGUCUGGAGGUGAAAAGAGGAUGUACAAAUCACCUAACUCAGCUCUCAACAAGGCAAGGACUCAAUUCCUAAACAAACAACGGAUGUUAUCCCAGGACAAAAACGCAGGUCACUAUGCGGUUGGGUUUGGCGACGAAUGAAAGUUGUUGGACGGCUCUUGAUUCUUCUCUUAGUUAAUUCAGGAACCAAAUUGCCUUUAUCAUAGUGAAAUACUGUGGCAUAUAUCAUUCUUAUGGGCGAUGCAAGAUGAUACUUGAGCAUUUUGCACAUCGUGCUGGCUGAAUAAUUCUUUGUUCAAACUUGAGAUGUGGUUAAAUUUCAAUUGAAAGAUUCGUAUGCUUGAUAAUUACAUUUUCAGAUGGUAGUAUGCUUUUCUUACA